UGGUCCAGGUCGUCCACGCCCAGUGAUUUUGUCCCUACGGCGGGUGGCUUUCCGUCCGACGUGGGUGCGUGCGGUGUAAUCCAUCCGUCGCUUUCCGCUAGCUCACAAGUCCGGUAACGCCGCCGUGCAGCCUCGCCCCUUCUUCUCUCCUCCAACCUUUUCCCCCUGUUCUGCAAGCCCUUUCCGUCUCCUUCUGGCUGCUUCCUCGCGCAGGUGCUACUUCUGAGCUUCCGAGGCGACAGAGCUGCACCAGAGCAGAGCAGAGCAGACACAGCUGAUCAGAUUGAGAGAUGAGGGAGAUCAUAAGCAUCCACAUCGGGCAGGCGGGCAUCCAGGUGGGGAAUUCCUGCUGGGAGCUCUACUGCCUCGAGCAUGGCAUCCAGCCCGACGGCCUCAUGCCCAGUGAUACCUCGGUUGGGGUUGCAAAGGAUGCAUUCAACACGUUCUUCAGCGAAACGGGUUCAGGGAAGCACGUCCCGAGGGCCUUGUUCGUCGAUCUGGAGCCCACGGUCAUCGACGAGGUGAGGACGGGCGCAUACCGCCAGCUCUUCCAUCCAGAGCAGCUCAUCUCCCACAAUGAAGAUGCUGCUAACAACUUUGCCCGUGGACACUACACAGUUGGAAGAGAAGUGGUGGACCUUUGCCUUGACCGGAUCAGAAAAUUGGCGGAUAACUGCACUGGCCUCCAAGGUUUCUUGGUUUUCAAUGCUGUUGGUGGUGGAACUGGCUCAGGGCUUGGUUCAUUGCUUCUGGAGCGCCUAUCGGUCGACUAUGGCAGGAAAUCGAAGCUUGGUUUCACCAUCUAUCCUUCACCACAGAUUUCGACGGCCGUUGUGGAGCCUUACAACAGCGUGCUCUCAACCCACUCGCUGAUCGAGCACACCGACGUCGUCGUUCUGCUGGACAACGAGGCCAUCUACGACAUCUGCAAGAGGUCCCUGGACAUCGAGCGCCCGACCUACACCAACCUGAACAGGCUGAUAUCCCAGGUGAUAUCGUCCCUGACCACCUCGCUGCGGUUCGACGGCGCCAUCAACGUGGACAUAACCGAGUUCCAGACCAACCUGGUGCCGUACCCGAGGAUCCACUUCAUGCUCUCUUCCUACGCGCCCAUCAUCUCCGCGGAGAAGGCCUUCCAUGAGCAGCACUCCGUCCCCGAGAUCACCAACUCUGUGUUCGAGCCGUCGAGCGUCAUGGCCAAGUGCGACCCCCGGCACGGCAAGUACAUGGCCUGCUGCCUCAUGUACCGCGGCGACGUCGUGCCCAAGGACGUCAACUCCGCCGUCCACUCCAUCAAGACCAAGAGGACCGUGCAGUUCGUCGAUUGGUGCCCGACUGGGUUCAAGUGUGGGAUAAACUACCAGCCGCCGACGGUGGUUCCGGGAGGGGACCUGGCCAAGGUGCGCCGGGCGGUGUGCAUGAUCAGCAACAACACGGCCGUGGCCGAGGUCUUCUCGCGCAUCGACCGCAAGUUCGACCUCAUGUACGCCAAGCGCGCGUUCGUGCACUGGUACGUCGGGGAAGGGAUGGAGGAGGGGGAGUUCUCGGAGGCCAGGGAGGAUCUGGCCGCGCUGGAGAAGGACUACGAGGAGGUCGGAGCUGAGGGUGAAGACGACGAGGACGAAGGCGAUGAGUACUGAGUUGAUCAAGCAUGGGUACGUGCUUAAUUGGGUGGCAGUGUUGUGCACUUCAUGCCGUAUGUUGUUCUUCUCUGUCCCUGUUUGCUUGCUGUUGCAUCUGUGAUGUUCGGUGGUUAGCAGAGUACAAAAAUUGUCAGAUUGGUUCGGGUGCACUGACGGCUCGGUGCCACAUAGUCUGUGAGGAAGGUGGUAUCGAUACAUCAUAAUAAUGAACGAAGAUUUUUUGUACUGCAAGUUGCAGGGGUAUGUCUUCCUUUGUUUUGUUAUGAAAGCAAAGCAUGUUAGACCAUA